CGUAGCACGCAGACAGCUGCCGUGUUUGGUCGGAGCGGAGGUAGCUAGGAGGGCAUCAAGGAAACCGCUAGCAUCGUAGAUAAACACCCCGGAAAGGUGUGCACCCCAGCUGUCACCACACCAAGGACCGAUUAACUCCUUCACGCAGCGAGGGUCAACAUGUCAGAGACAUACGACUUCCUGUUUAAAUUCCUGGUGAUUGGCAGCGCCGGGACCGGGAAGUCCUGCCUCCUGCACCAGUUCAUCGAGAACAAGUUCAAACAAGACUCCAACCACACCAUUGGCGUGGAGUUUGGUUCCAGGGUGGUCAACGUGGGCGGAAAGACGGUCAAGCUGCAGAUCUGGGACACUGCUGGGCAGGAGCGAUUCCGUUCUGUGACUCGCAGCUACUACAGAGGAGCAGCGGGAGCCCUGCUCGUGUACGACAUCACCAGUCGAGAGACUUAUAACGCUCUGACCAACUGGCUGACAGACGCUCGGACCCUGGCAAGCCCCAACAUUGUAAUUAUCCUGUGUGGCAACAAGAAGGACCUGGAUGCAGACAGAGAGGUGACCUUCCUGGAGGCCUCGCGCUUCGCUCAGGAAAAUGAGCUGAUGUUUCUAGAAACGAGCGCCCUGACCGGCGAAAAUGUGGAGGAGGGUUUCCUGAAGUGCGCUCGUACCAUCCUCAAUAAGAUAGACUCAGGCGAGCUGGACCCGGAGCGGAUGGGCUCGGGGAUCCAGUACGGAGACGCUUCGCUGAGGCAGCUGCGACAGCCGAGAGGCGCCGCCACACAGAACAAGCAGCAGUGUAACUGCUAGGGGCUCGCCGGACCCUCGCCUCAGCCCGCAGGCCCACACGGACGAGACGCCCCCGACAGCUCCAGGUGCUUUUGGGUGUGUUCGACCUUUCUCCCAGCUGUCUCACACACCUCGGAUCACCUUGACAAGUGGUCGCGGACAUCACUGCAACCCCCUGACCCCCGGUGGGAGAGUCCAUCUCCUACCCUAGGGGGGUCAGUUUUUAUGUCCCUGCGUCUGGACUGAACACACCACUGCUGAGACCGCGGUGGGGGUUUUAAAGACGAACAUUCUCCGUCACUCACCAGACGAGGACAGGUCUUGGGUUGUGUGUGUUUGUGCAGCCCCGAUGUUCUUUUAUUUUUGUGUCUUAGGAUUAUUAUUAUUUUAUUUUUAGUGAACCCAACAUGCUUUUUGCAUUUGCACAUCACUGUCUUUAAGUUAUUACUGUGAUGCUAUUUUGUGCUCAUCUGACCGUUGAUCUUUUGAGUUUUACUUUCAUUCAGACGCCACUGAUUGGUUAUUUCUGAUUUACUUUGACUUCAUGUCCCAUAAAUUCAGCUUUUCAUUGUUUUGGACGGUGAUAAACAGUCCAAAUACAUUUUUAUUUCUUUCAUAAGAAGUCAAAGUGUGAAUAGAAUAUUCUAAUGAAGUGCAAGGCUUCUGCUUUAUUCCUAAAAAAUACUCCAGUCAGUGGGAUUUCUGUGUACUUUAGCGUUUUAAGGUCUGAAUAGACAGAAUAAAGCUGAAAGUCCCCAGUCUGUGAAUCACAUAGUCUUACAUUUGAGAAUUUCAUUUUCGCUUUCAAACACACUGUAAAAAUAUUGGCCUUGGUAAUACUCAUGAUGCUUUGUAUCAUGACAGUGGUUCCUAGUGUGAUAUCACAGUAGGGGGGCUUCAGGGCGUCUGUCAAAAUUAAAUUUGCACAUGUGAAAUAAAACCAGAAUACGUCGUUCUACAAUCCAAAGUAAGCCUUGAGAGAACUUCCCGUAGCUUUCCCUUCGAAGGCUCCUGCUGUUUAUUUUUUGUUGUUGAGUGUUUGAUGUUUGUAGAUUUUUGUCUAGAGCUCAGACUGGGGGGUCCGCGGCUCUUUUUUUUAAGGCAAUCUUGGGGCGUCGACGAGGGUUAGAGAAGACUGGGAACCGCCUCAUCAUCAUCGUCUUGGUGGAGGGGAAUGUUCCAAUCACAGAGCGGAGGCUCUACACUCACAGACGUGAACUUGUGGGUCAUCUUAAAAGCACAAUGGGGAGAAAAAUGUCUUAUUUUAAUCCAAAGUUCCUGAAAUCUUUAAAGUAAGCGCCAUCACAACCUCGCCAUGUUCUGCUCUCUGUGUCUUUGGUGCUUUUGCAGCGAUAGAUGGAGAAAGUUAAAUCCGCCGGCUGAGUUUUUUUUUUUUUUUUUAAUUGCUUCCUGUGUGACCUGCUUUCCACGCUGCUGUACGAUGGACGUCACAGGAAGCCACAGCUGGCUUUGGCCUCUGCGUCGUGUUUGUGAAACGCUUGCGCCGCCCACCCGGUUCUCUGAAUCAAUCACGCCAGGUUUUGCGUGAGCCUGGAUGAAAGUCAGGAUCCUGUAUUUAACCUUUGCACGCCUCUCUUCAUCAAGCACAGAGUAGUUCUACAGAAUGUCUGAGUUCCCCGACGCGACCCAGAUGUUUCAGGAGAGAGGAAAACGGGGGGAUUUCCACCGAAACUUGAUUUCCUCGCAGCUCGGUUUGUGGUGUUGCUGGUGGAGAAACGGGGUUAGAAACUUCCCUCAUUCCCCGCCCUGCUGCUCAGUCAAACCGAGCCGCUUCUGUCCGAAUCGCCGAGCGCAGGUCGCGGCGCCCCGGCCGCCGGGACGUGAAAACAAGACCGCCUGAGGACGUAUGCAUGUCUCUGCCCUCGAGUGCGAGCAUAUGUCCUCCCAGACAAAACCAUAUGUGUUUUAACGCCAGCGAGCCAGCGCAGCGGCGGGAGGAACGCAGCGAGCUGCGGACACGAGCUUGUAAAAGAUACCAAGACACAGAUGGUCAGAACAUGUUGCGUCCAUAAAAUAUUUGCGUCGUGUGAUAGUUUGUCUCCUUCUGCAAAGUGCACUUUUACUUUUGGAUUUUUUUUUUGUUUGUUUAUAUGCUGUAAUUAUAGAAUUGUACAUUUUAUUAUUUUACUUGAACUGUAUACUGUAAUAAAGAUUUUAUUCGUUUUCUCAUUUCUUACUAAAUAACAACUGAGAUUUGAUCCUGCUGUUACCAGACCCAAAUAUUUUUAAUAGUUUGACCUCCGAACUGUUUGGUUUGUUCUUUUCUCACUGCUGCUGACACUCAGCUCUUGAUAGGAAGAUGUUUUUAUUUAAUUUUUCAGCUGUGGGUGUUCAGCAGCGUGUGAUUAUUUACAGGUGAAGAAGAUCGGAGAAAACCUGUAUGUUCACAAAUGUAUAUCCAAGUCACGUAAAUGGUGAAAUCCUCAGUGAGUUUGUCGUCUGUGUACAGUCCGUUGGUAAGCGGUCAUCAGAAUAGCCAUACGAUCAUCACUUCCCCAGUCCGAAUUCAGCCGUGAAUCAUGAAUCCAGCUCAGUUGUUGCUUAGUAACUAAUGUUAUAUAAUCAACCUAAAUACUACUGUACAUCUCAAGUAACCUGUAAAUAAGAUUUGUCUAUUGUCCAAUGAGGGGUGAGUGUUGCUCAUUGAUUGUAAUGAUUAUGCAAUUCCCAGUAAACUGGUUGUUUUUCAGUUGA